UUUAAUUAUAUUAUUAAUUAAAAUAAUAAUACCGGCAAUAUAAUUUCUACGUAACCGCAAAAAUCAUGUGCUCACGAACCAUGUGCUGAUUGAAAUACAAUCACGGUAUAUUUAUGUAUGAAGUCAGUACUUAGUCCAAGGACUUGAGUUUAUUUAUUCACAAAUUGUCCAUGUUUCUUCAAUUGCUUCAUCAAUCAAAAUUUCAUGACUGCAGGAAUAAGGUGACACAUUCAAGAUGAUAAACUUAAGCAUUUUAAAGCAAUCCACAAUCGUCCAUCUGUGUUUUGCUAUAUCUUACUUCACAUCUGGCUUGAUUCUGACCUUUAUACAAGCUGUUUUAUACUUUGGACUCAGGCCGUUCAAUAAAUCUUUGUAUAGAAAGAUAAAUUAUUAUCUGGCAUACUCAUUUUACAGUCAAUUAGUGUUUAUGUCAGAAUGGUGGUCAAAUUCGAAGCUUAUUAUUUACAUUAAAAAGGAUGAAUAUGAAAAAUAUUAUGGAAAAGAACAUGGAUAUCUUAUAAUGAAUCACAGUUAUGAAAUAGAUUGGCUCAUGGGAUGGCAUUUCUGCAAUACUAUAGGAGUUUUGGGAAAUUGUAAGGCUUAUGCGAAAAAAUCCAUCCAAUACUUACCUCCUAUCGGAUGGAUGUGGAAAUUCUCCGAAUUUGUAUUUCUAGAACGGUCUUUUGAGAAAGAUAAGGAAACCAUAAAACAUCAGAUAUCAGAAUUAUGUGACUAUCCGGAUCCCGUUUGGCUACUAAUGACACCUGAAGGAACCCGGUAUACAAAGAAGAAGCACGAAGCAUCAUUAAGCUUUGCGAAAGAGAAGAACUUGCCACUACUUAAGCAUCACCUGACACCUCGCACCAGAGGUUUCACAACUAGCUUACAGUUCUUCAGAGGCAAAAUACCUGUUAUUUAUAACAUACAAUUAGCUUUCGAGAAGGAUAGUAAGACUCCGCCUACAUUAACAAGUUUGUUGUACGGCAAGCCGGUGAACGCUCAUUUGUACAUCGAGCGGAUACCGGUCGAGAAAGUGCCUGAAGACGAAGGUGAAGCAGCGAAGUGGCUUCAUGAACUCUUUGUUGUAAAGGAUAAAAUGCAAGAUUCUUUCUUCAACACUGGAGAUUUCUUCUUAGAGUCUGGUGUUGAACGAAGGGAGCCGUUCACAGUGCCCCCUCCUAUUUGGUCGCUCGUGAACGCCCUCGGCUGGGCCGUGGUCACACUCACCCCUAUGUUGUACUACCUGCUUGGUCUGCUGUUCAGUGGAAAACUUCUAUAUUUCUCUAUAGCCUGUGCUAUAUUUGGAGCAUUUUUCAUCCUUCUUCAAAAAUCUAUUGGAAUGUCUAAAAUCAGUCAAGGAUCUUCCUAUGGAACAGAAAAGAAGUAAUGUACCUGUUGCAGUAUUUGUUCUUAUACAACGUAUUCUAUACAAUACAUAAUACUUGUAUACUAUGGUUUAAAUUAAAAAAGGAAAACAAACUAGAUAAUACAUUGUAUGUACCAUCUUGUUUUGUUUAUAACAAAGCUACUGAUUGGCUGAACAUAAUGUAAAAUGACGAAAUGAGAUGCAUAGAGUGUAUUGUGUGUAAAAAUGUUAAAGUUGUACUUUAAAGUAUGGAUAAUUGUUUUAAAUAUUUUGUAAAGCCUCAUAAGGGAAGCUGCUAAUUUUUGAUAUAAAAAUAUUAAAGACUUGUGCAUUGUCUGGUUUGUUACAAGUAUUACUGUAACUGUUCAGUUUAUUUAUUGUUAUUUUUUGUUACAUAAAUAUUCUUUUGACACGUGUAGAUACGAUAAGCGUAUGUCUCGAUAUGUUGUAUUUUCCGCGCAAUGCUCUUUAUCUGUUAUUAUGUAAAGUUAAUAAUAUCUUAAUUUAUAACAACGAUAACAUUAAUCUGAGGAAGUAAAUGGAUAAAUUUAAUGUCUAGAUUACCUCAUUAUCUUGUUUCUAACCUUUAAACAUGUUACUAUCGGAAUUGAACCGAUUAAAUUAAUGAAAUAAAAUUAGGACUGAAUUAAGCGAAAAUUAUAGUAGUGUUUUAAAAAUAGACCAAAAUGAAUUAUUACAAAUGAUGCGUUCUGUAUUUUCUAUUUUUAUAAAAAAAAAAUCAUUUGGAGGUCGUUAAAUUCUAUUUCUCUUUUACAAAAUCAUGUUUAUAGAAUAGUAGAAGUUUACGUGGUGCAAUAAUCUUAUUAGUUGUGGGUUGGAUAAAAACAUGCUACUCAUAAGUAACAUAAACGAUUUUGUAUACAUGGUUUAGAUUGAUUUAUAUUCUAUUAACAUUAAACUAAAUCAGUUAGACCUUCAAAAUCUGACAAAGUUUUAAAAUGACGUCAAAGAUUUUAAUUUCUAUUGCGUCAACUAAAGUCGUACUUAUUAAUCUGAAAUAGCAGCCAAAUUAAAAAAGUAAAGGACUGUUAUGAAUUUAUAACAAAAUGCACGUAAUUUUUGUCCAACUUACAACUUAACAUCAAAAGUAAACAUUAGGUAGUGAAAUCUAAUUGAAUAUUUAUGCACAAAAUAUGAAUUGUACCAAGCACAAAAUGUUGACAACUAUUUAGAUUAUAUGUGCAAUUUUGUUUUGUUUCUAAGUGUGAAAGUGUAUUAAGAUUUAUGUUUUUUUACUAUUUUGUGUAAUGCCUACAAGUUUGAAAUACAUUACUAACUGUAACUAAGCGUGAAGGGGAUGGGAUGGAUAAAUAGAAACGUUAAAGCAUUUUCGAAUUUUAGCACAUAAUUUGUUUUGUAUGAAAUACCUAGAAUGUUUGAAGUAGGGCUGAAAUAAUAGUAAAGGUUUCAUUGUACAAACGUCAUGCUAAAAAUGUGAAACACGCACAGAGUGAAAUGUAUGGCUUUAUAAACGCGAUUGGACCUUUACUUUUAUUGAAACAACUGAUUUGCGUUUGCGUAAUUAGGAACAAUCACGCACGGCGUAACAUCACAUUAUAAUUGCGCCCAAAAAUGUAACGAAAUUAUAAGAAUGUAAACUAGCUCCACUAGUUCGUACUCAAUGAAUUUGUAAGAACUUUAAUUUCUUUUUUGUUUCUAUUCGCAUCGCUUGAAUUAAUAUUAAUACCUUGAAUGUUAACACGUUAUUAAAGUCAAUAAGGCUCAUGAUUUCUUAUUUUUUAGAUACAUUUAUUAAUUAAAACUAAAUCCUACAGUUAAUACCAAUAUUUUUGAUAUGUCUGAUGUACUUUUGAUUGGUAAACUUUACCCUAAAACUAACAAGAUACCUACUGUACCACUUUGGCACCUUGUAAAGACUCGCUGUUAUUAUCAUAUUUUAUUUGUUUCAUUAAAAACUAAUAAACUAAACCUAUGCUACUAGGUAUGAAGAUUAUUUUGUAGGCAAUGCAUUUAUUAAGUAUACAAAAGAAUGUUCAGACAAUUCAUGUUAUUGUUACAUUUUCUGAGAGAAAACUCAUAAGCUUUUAAGACUAUGGUAUUGUUGCUACUACAAACUGUAAAAUUAGUAGGAAAUAGCUUAUUAGAGUAAACUUUAGCUGACAUUUAAAGUUGAUGUGAUAAUAGACAGUAAAUAUGACAAGAUUAAACUUUACAAGAUGCAUCUGUUGGUUUCAAUUCUCAGUCCAUUAAUCCGAUUUGAAUGCUAGAAGAGAGGCAGUUUGCUUCAAUACUUAAUAUAGGUGUCUUAUAGUUUAUUAGGAAUCAUUUUUAAAUAUAAUGUAUGUGAUUACUAACGCCGUUGUCGCCAGCCUUUCGCAGCUUCAACGGAAAUGUUUGGCCAAGAAUUGAUCCUACAUGUGUGCGAUUUUUCAUGAAAUUGUGAUAUGCCAAAUUGACACGAUGAAUAUAGUUCUAUGAAUGUAGCACAAAACUGUAAAUUAUUAUAGACUCGUAUUUAUGGUUGGUUAUUUUCAUUUCAAUAGAUAACAUAGAUGUUGUAACUUUGUACGUAUGUUUAUUAUUAUUAAACUUGUACUACUUA